AUGGCAGCUGCGGCUGGAGCUCCCACGCGCCUGGUGCCCCUCCACAGACUCCCCGGUUUCCCUCGCCCCACUCCUAAUGACGUAUGCCUGCACCACCACGCUGCAGGAUCAUCGUCCAUGAUUCAUGCCUCGACGCGGCUGGAGAAUGUCACGCCAGCCAAUUGA